AUGUCCGUUGUGGAGGAAUUGCCUUUGGACAGCGAGGGGGUGUCCCCCCCAGCCGUUGAGGUAUCAUCGGAGGCUGAGCGGGCUGUUGACGUAGUGCUGUGUGAGAGGCUGAAGAAGGACGGCAACGAGCUCUUCACCAGUGGUGAGGUGGCAGAGGCGCUCAAGUUGUACCGAGAGGCGCUGAAGGUGGCGCCCAUCAAGCCUGUGCCGAAGAGAAAGGAUGCCAAGCGUGACACGGCAACGGGUGCAGCCGUAGAGACGACGACGCCCACUCCAGCGACUGACGGCGAAAAGAUGGGCGAUGAGAGCGCCGAGGUUCAGGAGACCGACGAUGAUGUGGACUACACGCUCACUUCACAAGUGUACUGCAAUACCGGAUUGUGCCUGUCGAAGUUGGAGAUGCACGAGGAUGCCGUGGAUAACCUCACGGAGGCAAUACGGCAUAACAGGCAGUACACAAAGGCGUAUGUGCGUCGGGCGGAGUGCUAUUACGUGCUGGGAAAAUGGUCCAACGCGUACGGGGACUACGAGGAGUAUGAGAAGCUGGGUGGCACGUUGGAUGCCGCUGGCCGAGCUCACAAGGUGGAAGCUAAAGCGAAGGUGGAUGAGGAGAUGCAGAAGAUGUUAGGUGACUUGAAGAACCUGGGCAAUCGCUUCCUCAACUAUUUCGGGCUCUCCACUGACAACUUUAAGUUCGACAAGGACCCAGGCACGGGAGGUUAUUCAAUGCGAUUUGAGAAGUGA